GCCAAGCAAGUUAACUUUAUUUACACAUAUUUUAAAAAUGAAUUAUGAACAUCAUGAAACUCGUCGGAUUUUUUUUUUACAGCCACAUAGCUUGGAAUCCCCCCUGGAACCCCAUGCCACAGCAAAAGCGUUCUCACUGAGCUCACUGAAAUCUCGCGAUGAUUGCCUAUGACAGAGCAUAGUGGCGACGAGAACUGGCUUGGAACGCAGUGAGGAGAGUUGUUAUCGAAGAACAGGGAGAGGAGACGGAGGCAGGAGCGGACCAAGGGGGGUGUGUGUGAGAGUGUUUGUGAGGUCCAAAAACAAGGAGCACAACACGGCGUGAAUGAGAGAGGCAAACUGGCGGAUUUCAACAUGGCAUCCGGAGAUACGCUGUACAUUGAGACAGACGGCUCGGAGAUGCCGGCCGAAAUCGUGGAGCUGCACGAAAUAGAAGUAGAAACGAUACCAGUGGAGACUAUCGAGACCACGGUGGUCGGCGGGGAUGACGACGACGACGACGACGACGAUGAUGGGCAGCCCAUGAUUGCGCUGCAGCCUCUGGUCACGGACGACCCCAGCUCGAUCCACCACCACCAGGAGGUUAUCCUGGUCCAGACCCGGGAGGAGGUGGUCGGCGGAGACGAUUCAGACCUGCACACAGACGGCGGGGGUGGAUUCGAGGAUCAGAUCCUCAUCCCAGUGCCAGCACCUGGGGUCGAGGAUGAGUACAUCGAGCAGACUUUAGUGACUGUGGCUGGAAAGAGCGCGAUGGGUCGGGUGAAGCGAGGAGGCGGCACCGGUGGAAAGAAAGCAGGCAAAAAGAGCUAUUUAAGCGGCCCCGACGCUGGUGGGAGGAAAUGGGAACAAAAGCAGGUGCAAAUAAAGACUCUGGAGGGAGAAUUUUCUGUUACAAUGUGGGCAUCGGAUGACAAUAAAGACAUUGACCAUGAGUCAGUGGUGGAGGAGCAGAUCGUCGGGGAGAACUCUCCUCCGGAUUACUCCGAGUACAUGACGGGGAAGAAGCUGCCCCCUGGUGGCAUCCCGGGGAUCGACCUCUCAGACCCCAAACAGCUGGCUGAAUUUGCCAGAAUGAAGCCCAGGAAGGUGAAAGAAGACGACGCUCCCCGAACGAUAGCCUGUCCCCAUAAAGGCUGCACAAAGAUGUUCAGGGAUAACUCGGCCAUGAGGAAGCAUCUGCAUACCCACGGACCCCGCGUUCAUGUCUGCGCAGAGUGCGGCAAGGCUUUCGUCGAGAGCUCCAAACUCAAGCGCCACCAGCUCGUCCACACAGGGGAGAAACCCUUUCAGUGUACCUUUGAAGGGUGCGGGAAAAGGUUUUCUCUGGACUUCAACCUGCGCACACACGUGAGGAUCCACACCGGAGACCGGCCCUACGUGUGCCCGUUCGACGGCUGCAAUAAGAAAUUCGCCCAGUCUACCAACCUGAAGUCUCACAUUCUCACACACGCCAAAGCCAAAAACAACCAAUGAGAGCCCGUUUGUCAGCGUCGAGCCACGAAGGCGAGAAAAACAACCUCUUUUCAAGACGUGAUGAAAACCUUGAGACUCAUUGAUUUAUACAAAAAAAAAAAACUAAACGAAAAGUUCUGACAGUUUAAAAGACAUAAAACACUGAAAUUACGUUGUUUUGUUUGUUUUUUUUCCCCAAAUCCUCCUUUUUUUCCCCCCUGCUGUCACGUUGGAUGAGGAACACAGAGACGACCCUCCCAGCCACCUGUCCCCAUUUCUCUAUUGGCACUUUGCUACCAGAAGAUGGAACCCAAGGACAAACAUCAGAGAUUUAUUUUUACCUGAGAAGUCAGAGAAACAGUGGUAUAUAUUAGUACUUUUAUUUUUGCUUUUAUUUCCCUCCAAGUGUGCAUAUUGUACACUUGUCUCAGGCCGUGUUUAGCGAAUAAGUUUUUCUCUUUUAUUUUCCUGCGUUACAAGAUCAUACCGAUGACACGUUCCACCCGAAUCACACAUAGAAGGAGUCAAAAAACCAACUGUACGUUUGCAUUUCCGCCAUCUUUGGUUGUACUUUUUUCUGACCACAGAAUAACCUUGUAUACUUGUAUUGUAUGGCUGUAUUAAAAUUAAGUAGACAUAGAUAGAGGUGUGAUUUAAAGUGUUAACCAAUUAAACUUUUAGUCAUGAGUUGCUUUAUAUUUUAUAUUAACUGUCUUAACACAGAUGAAUGAGUAAUAUAAUCGUACUCGGCAGCGGUCGCGUUGAAGGGUCUGACGCGUACGUGGUAAAGACUGCGAGACCAUCACUUCUUUGUUAGAAUGUAAUGUACAGAGGUCAGCCAUUAUCUUCCUUUUGUUGGUAUUUACACCCAUGUAUUUCAACUGCCCACAAUAAAAUGGGUCAUUCCAACUCUGUCAAACUACA